AUUAUGUGUUCAGGGAGAUGGAGAUCAUCCAAUUGUGGAUGGCUCAGGGCUUCCUACCACACAAUAAAGAUAGAAGAAUGGAAGAUAUAGGCCAAAAUUACUUCAAUGAUCUGGUAUCAAGGUCAUUAUUUGAAAAACACAGAAUAUAUAAAGGAUUGUUCAUCAUGCAUGACCUUAUCCAUGAUGUGGCUCAUUCUGCUGCAGGCAGCAUAUGCAAUGUAAUGGAUGGCACGGAUACACAAAUGGAUUUCAGAAGAACUCGCCAUUUGUUUAUCACCGAGCAUGUUCAAACCUUGGGAAAUCAAAUUAUGGCUUCUCAGUUGCGUACUUUUCUAUGCAAUUAUGGUUCGAAAAUGGACUAUUCUGAUUUCUUCAACAAAAUCCGUUACAUACGCACUCUAUUUCUAUAUUCGGAUGAAAUUGAAGCUUUGCCAGAAUGUAUUGGUGAUUUAAAGCACUUGCGCUACCUUAGUCUCGAAUUUAGAAGAAUAAAAGAGUUGCCACUUUCAAUCAACGAUCUUUGGAAUCUCCAAACACUUUGCUUGGACGGAUGUUCUAAACUUGAGAAGGUUCCAUGUAUUGAAUCGCUUGGGAAACUACGCCAUCUGUAUAUUGAUGAUACCUCUUUAGAGGAGAUGCCGCUUGGAAUCGGGAAAUUAACAAACUUGCAGACUCUGGAUACAUUUCUGUUGGCGGGUGGAGGUUGGUCCAAGUUAAGGGAGUUGGGGAGGUUGAAUCAGCUCCGUGGAAGAUUAAUAAUCAAAUCCGGGCUAAAAUAUGUGACAGAGGUUGAGGACGCAGAGGAAGCCCAGUUGUGUAAGAAAGAGCAUCUAGAUGGGUUGAACUUGAAAUGGGGAUCUUGUACUGAUGAGGUCGAUGACAAGACAAGAAGAGAUGUGAUUGAGAAGUUGCGGCCUCACACUUCCAUCAAAGAGUGUGUGUUGGAUGGGUACAUGGGCUCGACAUUCCCAAGUUGGUUGGGAGAUUCCUCUUUCAUUAACAUGGUGGACAUACAGUUGAAAAGUUGUCAGAAUUGUGUAUGCUUGCCUCCAUUGGGGAAACUACCCUCAUUGAAGAUUCUUCUGAUUAAAUAUAUGAAUGGUAUUAAGGAGGUUGGUCUUGAAUUUUAUGGGAAUUGCUCAACUCUUACUUUUCCAUCUCUGAAGACUCUAGAAUUUUAUGGUAUGAACUCCUGGAAGAAGUGGGUGCACCCUUUAAUUGACAACAACGUAUUCCCCAACCUUGAAGAGCUCUCUAUUAAGGAUUGUCCGUCAUUACAAGGUGAUCUACCUCCUCAUUUGCCUUCUAUUAGAAGGUUGGAAAUCAAUGGAGUCGAGCAGCUACAAUCCUUGGAAUUGAAGAAUUCGUCUUCCUCAACUUCUCAUCUUGAAGAAGUCAUUGUUGGAUUAUGCAAAUCUAUGGUCUCUAUUGGUCAAAUUCCCUUGACUAUAAAAUCGCUGAGGAUUAAAAAUUGCGAGAAACUAGGGUAUGUAGAAUUUGAUGAACAAUCUAAGAAUUUGUCUCGUGGAAGUGACUAUGAGAAAGGCCUAAGGAGUGAAGAAAGCAUAGGAGUCUCCUCGAAGGCUGCAUUGGAACUUCCUCUUCUCACCGAAUUGGUAAUAGAAAGAUGCCCAAGUCUAAUAUCAUUACAGCAAAGCCUGCUUCUCCCAGCUUUACGACAUCUUCGCUUAAAUGAAUGCGAAAAUAUGGAAAAGCUUCCUGGUGAAUUGCACAAUAUUACCUCCCUCCAGAGCUUAAUGAUUGGAAAAAGCCCUAAAAUCCAUAGCUUAGCAGAAGGUGGUUUACCCAGAAACCUGAGAUCACUUGAAAUUGUAGAAGUGAACAUAAAGCAGGCUGUAACAGAGUGGGAAUUGCACCUCCUUCAUUCCCUUGAAACUCUUAGGCUAAUAAAUGUAGGCAGCUCCACAGACUCAGUAGAGUGUAUUCCGUGCCCACACCUUUCUCUCCCUUCUUCCUUGUCUUGGUUAGAAAUCAAGAGUUUCCAAAAUUUGAAAACCAUAUCAUUCUAUGGCAGCACCCUUCCCAACCUCACUCGUCUUUAUGUUAUAGAUUGCCCAAGGCUUGAAUCAUUGGUUAGCAAUUUGACCUCACUUAAAUAUUUGGAAAUUGAAAAUUGCCCAGAAUUACACAACUUUCCCGAAGGAGGUUUACCCACAAACCUAACGGAUCUGGAAAUCAGAGGAACCAAGAUAGACAAACCAAUAAAAGAGUGGGGAUUGCACCUUCUUACUUCUCUUGAAUUUCUAAUACUUGAAAAUGUAGGCAGCUGUGUUGAUACACUAGAGUCCAUUAGCUAUCCUGACUUUCCCUCUUCCUUGUGUUUGUUAAUAAUCAAGAGUUUUCAAAAUUUGAAAACAAUAUGUUGUUCCACUCUUCCCAGACUACACGGGAUGUUUAUCAAUUCUUGCCCCAAAUUGGAAUCCUUUGGUGACAAUGGCCUUCCUCCACACAUUGAAUUAGUCAAGAUUGAAGAGUGUGAUAUGAUAGAACAACAUUUGACAAGUGAUCCCAAUGGCUGUAUAUUUACAGAGAAUGGACAAUACUCGCUGCCUCUGUCUGGAAGUCAACCAAGCUCAGCCGAAACAACAGGUACAUGACCUUCAAAUGCAACUGUUUGCUCAUAUUAUGGUGCUAAGAACUCAUGCAACUGAAAAGCCUAACAGUAGUAACAUCUACAAUUUUAAGGUGACAAACAUCAUUGGUUCUACAGUUCUAGAGCUGCAGAAAGUUUGUCCACGUUCAGACAUUCAUCCAAGGAUUAAUGUCAUUUCAUAAUUGCAAAUGAUCAGAUCCCGGGCAGAGUGUUUUAGUUACGCUGCAAACGUGCCAAGUAGAAUGAAGAUUGUCAAAGCUAGGAAGUUUCGACGCUAUUUAUCACAGUAAGCAACAGUGUGGCUAAGAUACACUGCUAUAGUACCAAGAAGCAUCAGAUAAGCAUAAAUUGGCAUUUCUCUGUUUGAGCUUGAUAGCAACUUUGUUUAGCCAAUAUACUCGAGACCGCUCUAUAUGUUGCAACUUCAAGGCGACACAUUUUUGGUUCUUGAGCUGCAGAAUGUCUCUCCAUAUAUAGCUCAAUCUAGUUGUUGACAUUCAUUCAAGGAUUACUGAGGUGGCGUGUAAUUUGUGGAUUAAUACAUCCCCGGCAUAAUCUUUUGGUUACACCACAGCCAUAUCAAAUAAAAGCAAUUGGGUGAGCAAGAUACACAAUUAUAGUACGAAGCAACAUAUAUUAUAUGGUGGCAUACUGGCAUUAGACAUCUGCACGAGUUUGUGGCAGCUCUCGCGCUUUGGUUAGGCAAGUUACUUGGGACGAUUUCAAUGUCUGCAAGUGUUAAAUCAGAUUUCAAAUAAUAAAUUAACUUGAUUGAGUCACUAAAACGAUUGGAUUCUCAAUUGUUCUAUUUGUUCUUUAAUUUACUAAUUACUUCUUAUCAACCAUUUUCUCUAACAGUAAAGGCCCAAGCCUUGUUAUUUAGCUAAAGAAGCAUUAAAAAGAACAAGUCACAGUGGUAUCAAACAAGUAUUGUAUCAACCUAUAAAUGAUGGUAACAUCUUACCAUGGCCUUCCUCCAAGCAUUAAAAGCAUUUAUAUUAAAGAGUGUCCGUAUACUUACAGAGAAUGGAAGAUUCUCGUCGCUUCUGUCUCAAAGUCAACCGAGCUCUGCCCACUCAAGUACAUGACUUUCACAUGCAGCUGUUUGCUCAUGUUAUGGUGCUAAGAAACUCAAGAAACUGAGAAGCCUAACAGUAGUAAUAGCAUCUACAAUUAUAAGGUGACAAGCAUAUUGGUUCUACCCUUCUCGUGCUGCAGAAAGCCUCUCCAAGUUCAGACAUUCAUUCAAGGAUUACUGUCAUUACGACUUUGCAAGAUAAUCAGAUCUCUGGCAAAGUGUUCUGGUUACGCUGCAGACGUACCCCAAGUAGAAGAUUGUCAAAGCUAGAAAGUUUCGACGUUGUUUAUUACAUUAAGCAACAGCGUAGCCAAGAUACAAUGCUAAUUCUAGUCUUCUUUUGAGUAAAUUAUGGUCUGUUUUUAGUACCCUAAUAACCUGUAUUAUUCACAAAAUCAGAGUAUUUGAUCUCGGUUUUUGGGCGAAAUUCAUAAAAUCAGAGUUUCGAUCUCGGUCAACCAACAUCAACAACAACAACGGCGCAUUCAUUAACAACUACGGCCAACCAACAUCAACAACAACAACGGUGAAAGCGUUUUCGAUCUCGGCUUUUGCGCAAAAGUCUCAUAUUUUUGUAGAUCUAGUUUUAAUUUAAGUUAGAUUAUAGAUUUACUUAGUUUUUUAUGUAAUUGUAAUUUUGAUUAUAAA